AUACAAUAAGAAUAUAAUAUACGUAAAUAUUAUAUACACAACUUAAAUAAAGUAGUCGGACUUGAUACAUAUAAUCAUGACUUCAAUGCUAUCAUUUGUGCUGGAAAACGUACCCAACGAUUGGGAGCCAGUAAGCACCUAUAAUAAAAGUUUUAUUUUAUUUGAUGUACAAGACUAUAGUACGGAGUCAAGAAAAGUAAAAGCAAUGUUUAAUAUAACGUCAUUAAACAUUAAAAGUAUUCGGAGAGUGCAAAAUCCCUUUCAAUAUGGUCGAUUCAAGUUGCGACAAGAAAUGCUGAAUAAUUAUUUAGUGGAGACAGUGUUUCAUGUUAUAGACACAAAAGACCUAGAAACAGCUUUAAAGUACACGUGUGAUUAUAGGAGAUAUAAAAAUGGAUAUGGAUUAUCAACUGUAAAUAAACAUCCACACUUUUAUUCCGAUGCCCAAAGAGCUGUUUCUAACUUGUCUGCAUUAGUAAUAGAUGAUAAAUGCAUAUUGGUUGUCAAUAAAAUAUCUGGUGAAACUAAGACUCAGAGUGAUUAUUAUAUCCAAUACGUAGUUGAUUUUAAAUAAACUUCUAUCAAUCUACUAAUAUUAUUCGACGCUGUAACAUACUUACGUCAUAUUAAUAUAUAAAUAUAA